AUGCCUUCCAUCACUGAAAAAAAGAGCAAAAAAUCUGGUAAUAGCUCUUCCUCCUCCUCCAGCAAGAAGGCCAAAAAGGCACUUGCUCAACAGAACCUUCAAGAUUUAGGUGAACCUGUCGUACCUACCAAAUCGAAAAAAUCCAAAAAGACCAAGACUCCUGUCAUCGACCAAGAAGAGCCUGAAGAGCAACUUAAUGAUGUAACAGAUGAAAUCACUGAAGAAAUAAACAAUGCUGCUCAAGACGUUUCUGAUGGUGUAAAGGAUAUUGCACAAGAAGCCCAAGCUGAAAUAGACGACGACAGCGACGAAGAUGAGGGUCCUUUUGCGGGCAAUACGGACGCUAUGACAUUGAUGAACGCCAUCUCGGAAUACAACCGCAUGUUGAUGCAACGACUCUCUUCAUUGGAGAGCGAGGCCAAGGAACAAGGCGAGGAAGUCAGCAAGCAAUCUGUCAAAGACACUGUGCAAGGCACAUACAACGACAUCAAGACCAAGUACGAUAAAAAGUCUGACAGCAAGGGCACCCAUCACUCUUUUGAGCUUCCUAUUGGUGACAUGAUGAAGGGUUACGGCAACUUUGAUACUACUCCAUUGGAGGACGAUGAUCAAGACAACCAAGACUCUGAAGAGCAUCAGAAGCAAGAAAAAAAGGACAAGGAUGAAGAGUCCACUGUACAUGAUGGUGAAGAAAAUUCUGGCAAGCUCAGCAUCGGCAAUGGCGACAAGGAUGACAUUGUUGUCAAGGUAGAGGCUACCAAGACAGGCAUUACCUUCUGUAUUCAUAUCCCUCGCAACUAA